CAAACAAACAUUAUAUAUAUAUAGCACUCAAAUAUUGUAGGAUACAUACAUAAAUAAACGUGUGUAGAGCGGCGGCAAGACUUAUCUUAUCCCUUAUCAGCUAAUUCAAAUGUCAGUUUUUUAAUUUUCGAAGAAAUUCAAAUUUCAGUUAAAAAGUUGCUUCUCCAACUACCUUUCCUUAUAUAAAACCCAGCUUAAUUCCAAACCUCCAUCCACACCUCAACGCUACUCCUUACUCCCUUUCUCUCUCUACAUGACUGCCCGCUCUCUCCUCGGCGGCGCAAACUCGCCGCCGUCUCGCGACUCCUCCGCGGCGAUCGAAGCAAUCGAUUCCGACUUCAUAGUGAUCAUCGCCGCUCUCCUCUGCGCCCUAAUCUGCGUGCUCGGACUCGUCGCCGUCUCGCGCUGCUCCUGGAUCCGCCGCCUCGCCGGAAGAUAUCCGGCAUCGUCGCCGGCGACCGCCUCCAGCAAAGGCCUGAAGAAGAAGGUUCUGAAAUCGCUGCCGAAGCUCACCUACGGCCAAGGCAACGAAUUAGAGGCGGCGAAGCUCCACGACUGCGCCAUUUGUCUGGCGGAGUUCGCCGCCGGCGAUGAGGUACGAGUGCUGCCGCAGUGCGGCCACGGUUUCCACGUCGGGUGCGUCGACACGUGGCUGGCCUCCCACGCAUCCUGUCCGUCGUGCCGCCAGAUUUUGGAGGUAGCGCGUUGCCGGAAGUGCGGCCGCCUUCCGCCGUCGACCGGCUGUUCCGUCGCCGGAUUGCGGCCGGAGCCGAGGGAAAGCAUAGUUAGUAUAGGUUUUAUCUCGUAAUUAGUUUGGCGCCCUAAAACUUGCCUAUAUUCAUAUGUACAGUCAUAUAUCCGAUUUAAUUACAAGUUUUGAUCGUUCCUCCA